AUGGAUAAUUACCAGAAGAUUGAGAAGAUUGGUGAAGGCACCUACGGCGUGGUGUACAAAGCCAAGGAGCUUACCCAUCCCAAUCGGAUUGUCGCCUUAAAGAAGAUCCGCCUCGAAGCAGAAGAUGAAGGUGUUCCCAGCACCGCUAUUCGCGAGAUCUCCCUCCUUAAAGAAAUGCACGAUCCCAACAUUGUGCAAUUGCUGAACAUCGUUCACGCCGACGGUCACAAACUUUACCUCGUCUUCGAAUUCCUCGAUCUCGAUCUUAAGAAAUACAUGGAAGCGCUGCCAGUCAGUGAUGGUGGACGUGGAAAGCCUUUGCCCGAUGGCUUCAAGGCCGGUGCCACGCUCGGCCUCGGAGAUGCUAUGGUCAAGAAGUUCAUGGCUCAGUUGGUGGAGGGAAUCCGUUACUGCCACAGUCACCGUAUCCUUCACCGUGAUCUGAAGCCUCAGAACCUGUUGAUCGACCGUGAGGGCAACCUCAAAUUGGCCGAUUUCGGACUGGCAAGAGCAUUCGGCGUUCCCCUUCGCACAUAUACUCAUGAGGUCGUCACAUUGUGGUACCGCUCCCCCGAGAUUCUCUUGGGUGGACGCCAGUACUCUACCGGUGUUGAUAUGUGGUCUGUGGGUGCUAUUUUCGCCGAAAUGUGCACGCGCAAGCCUCUAUUCCCCGGUGACUCUGAAAUUGAUGAGAUUUUCAAGAUUUUCCGCAUCCUGGGUACCCCCGGCGAAGACAUCUGGCCCGGCGUGACCUCCUUCCCUGACUACAAAGCCACGUUCCCCAAGUGGAAGCGCCCCAACGUCGAGAUUGUUCCUGGGCUGGAAGAGGCCGGUUGUCAGCUCUUGGAGUCUCUGCUCGAGUAUGACCCUGCACACAGACUCUCAGCCAAGCAGGCCUGUUCCCACCCGUAUUUCCGCAACGGCAGCGCGUACUACUCUGGCCGUACCCCAAACAGCGGCUACAACUAA